GUUGCCAUAGCAGAGAGAAACUGGCUUGUCCCUCUUCAGUUGUCACUUGCUAAAGUGACUUGUUAACGGUUUCUAUGUUGCUAAUUCAUGCUGGCUACUCCUGACCAAAACAAUGGAAUCCUCCAGCGAGUCAGACACCUUCGACCGGACGAGGGGGCUGAGGUCACGGGGGCGGAAUGCCAGCUCUAGGUCGCGACGGGACAGUCACAGAACAGGUCCUGAUGCUCCAGCCAUUUCAGAGAAAAUUAACACCUUGGCGAGUACUUUACAGGACACUAAUAGGAAUUUGAACAAAGUGGACCGGAUGUUGGGGCAAUACAGAGAGCACACAGAUGACCAGGCGGAAGCCAUGGCAACAUUGAGGGAUAAUCUGGAGGAGUCUAUCGCUCAGCUGCAGAACCAGAGGCUGCAUAGUUCCUCAGGGGUCCGGAGUGCCUCAGCCUCCACCCUGCACACCAGCGACCUGGAAGCUGGCUAUGGCUCAGAGGGCCAGCGCUUCUACCCCACGUCUCCCUUGAAGGACUAUGGGAGAUCUGAGUCGGCCGGAGAAGGAGGAGCGAGAAGGAGGUCUAGAUCAGCUACAGUCCGCUUCAGAGACUCCAGCCUGCCAGACGGGGAUGUCCACGUCCUGCACCAGUCAUUCAGAGACCUGCGCAGUGACCAGCUGAGACUGGGGGACGACAUGGACAGAGAAAUCCUCAGGAGGAACAGGUCUGACAUUGACACCAGACGAGCCUUGGAGAAUCUGUCCGAGCACCUGACGACUUCACAGAGACAGGACUCGGUGUCGUCUCGUGUGGAGAAGCGUCUGCAGGAGAUUGAGAGGGAGAUGCGUUCGGAGCGGGAGAGCGUGUCAGACAGACGACCAGAACAGCGGGGUAUCAUGUCUGAUGAACUGCAGGAGGCUCUGAGGAGGCGAGAGGCUCGGGACCUGGAAACUGAGGAGGCCGUCAAGAACAAACUACUGAGAUCAGAGAGCGAGAAGACCAAGAUGGAGGCGGAACUGGAGAGGGCCAGGAGACAGCUGGACCAAUCAGAAGGAGGCAGGGGCGCUCUUCUACAACAGGUAGAGGAGAUGCGUGUGCAGCUGCUGAGGACAGAGAAGGAACGUAUGGAUCUGCAGAGGGAGAUCUCCCAGCUCACUACACAGCCCAGAGCCACUCGCAUGGACAGGGAGGAGAGAGGAGCAGGACUGGGACUAGACCGGUCGUCGGAGCUGGAGAGAGAGGUGCAGGAGCUGAGAGCCCAGCUGAGCAGGACAUCUGUCCUCAGUGAGGUGGAAGAUCUCAGGAGGACUCUGGAGCGCAAAGACCGAGAGAGAACACAGCUCUGCAACCAGGUGGAGGUGUUGUCGUCAGAACUUGCGAGGCGCGAGCAGCAACAGUUGAGGAUGCUGGAGCAGUUGAAGGAGAUCCAAGGCCGUUCGGAGGCGUGUGCUGCCGAGAGGGCCCGGGCCCUGCUCAGGGCUGAGGAGGCUGAGGCCCGGCUCCAGGACAGCUCCACGAGGAGGGAGGAGCUGAAAACCAGAGCCCAGGAGGCAGUCAGACAGUGGAGGGCCAAGUGCAAGAGAAUGGAGAGGGACAUGGAGGAAAUGAGGGGACAGGCCCAGCUGGACACGGAGAAAGCCAAACAGGCGUGUAAGGAGAGAGAGCUGUCCCGGGCCCAGCUGAAAGCCUUCUCCCAGCAGACUGAAGGGGUGCGCAGGGAGCUAGCGGAGGUGCUGGGGCGUCUGGCUCGGAGCGAGGAAGAGGUGCUCCGUAAAGACGUGGAGCUGUCAGAGACGCGGGCACGUCACCUGGGCCUAGAGCAGGAAGUGAGGGAGGUGAGGGAGGCCUCCAUAGCCCUGGAGGAGGAGGCCCAGCGGCAGUCUGUCCUGCAGGUUAGGCUGAGAGAGGAGAACCAGAGUCUGGAGGAGAGGGCUGAGGCCGUGGCCCGACGCAGCCAGAGAGACCAGGAGGAGUUACAUAGCCUUCAGGCAGCCAUGAAGGAGUUAACCUCCGCCCGUGCCCAGCUCACCACCCGUCUAGCUGAGGAGGCGGCGUUCAGGACGGAGCUCCAGAGGAGUGGGGCGGAGGGGGCAGCGCGGCUGGCCGCAGCCCAGGAGCAGAGGGCUUCCCUGGGGCAGCAGCUGGAGCUGGAGAGGGAGGUGCACCAGAGUGAGCUGGCCAGUCUCAGAGCCACUGUGCAGAACGGCAGGGCCAAGCAGGAUAGAGACAUACAGGAGACACUACGACUCUGUAUGAAGGAGAGGAAUGAGAUGGAGCAUCACCUCAAGGAGAUCAAGGCGGAUGCCGCGUCGGACAAGGAGCUGGUGAGGGCUCUGCGUGUGAAGCUGGACAGGAUGAAGACUGAGUGUGACCGGAUGACAGAGGAGCUGAACGAAGGAGAGGAGCAACGCUCACACCUCCGCGGCAAAUACCAGCUACUCAAGCAGGAACUGGACGACAAGGUGAAGUGCAUGGUUCAGGGAGAGGAGCGGAGGCGUGGGUCAGAGGAGGCUGUAGCGACACUAGAGGACAGACUGUCUCGUCUGGACACUGAACAGGAGUCCAUCCUCAGUUCUGUAGCAGAGGAGAUAGAUGCUGCCUGCAGAGCACUGUUCAAGGACUCCCAGGACAAACUCAAAGCCAUAUCCCUCAAUCCUGGACUCCAGAAAGACCCUCAUCGCUGGUUGGCUGAGACCAAGACCAAGCUGCGUUGGCUAUGUGAGGAGGUGUCUGUCCAUGAGGCCAGAGAGAGAAAGCUGCGUCGGCAGGUCCAGCAGGACAGAGAACAGCUGAAAGGACUGAGACAGAGCAGAGACUCUGAAAGACAGGCCCUGCUACAGAGACUGGACCAGCAGGAGAAACUACUGCACUCCAUCAGCACAGAGAAGAAAGAACUCCUGGAGAAGACUCGGAGGAAGGAAAAUGAGAUGAGAAGUCUUCAGGAUCGUAUAUUGGAUCUGGAGAUGAGCACCAGGCUGGCGGUGGAUCACCUGGAGUCAGUCCCUGAGAAGCUGUGUCUGCUGGACAACUUCAAAGACCUGGAGGAGUCUCAGCGGCAGAAGGAGUUGGUGGAACAACGUUACAUUAAAUACAAAGAGAUCGUUGGAGUCCUGCAGCACCAGCUGGAUGAGUCCAAACGACAGAUACAGGAGUGCAGGGAUGACAGGUUGGACGCUACAACGCAGAGCAUUCGAUUGACUUCUCUCUCCUCCUCCAUAAGAGGCCCUAGCGCUCUCCUCACCAGCUCCAUGCUCACUGACACCACGUCUCCACACAAACACCUGGCCUCUCCAGACUGCACUCUGGACUAUAGCCUUUCUCUGGACCGCCGAGCCUCUCCUGCUGUCAACGGUUGCCACCCUCACUCCGUCUCCGACCACCUCAACAGUAACACAUAGUGCCCACCCUCACUCCGUCUCCGACCACCUCAACAGUAACACAUAGUGCCCACCCUCACUCCGUCUCCGACCACCUCAACAGUAACACAUAGUGCCCACCCUCACUCCGUCUCCGACCACCUCAACAGUAACACAUAGUGCCCACCCUCACUCCGUCUCCGACCACCUCAACAGUAACACAUAGUGCCCACCCUCACUCCGUCUCCGACCACCUCAACAGUAACACAUAGUGCCCACCCUCACUCCGUCUCCGACCACCUCAACAGUAACACAUAGUGCCCACCCUCACUCCGUCUCCGACCACCUCAACAGUAACACAUAGUGCCCACCCUCACUCCGUCUCCGACCACCUCAACAGUAACACAUAGUGCCCACCCUCACUCCGUCUCCGACCACCUCAACAGUAACACAUAGUGCCCACCAUCAGGGAGUCACACUGGUUACAUACAUGUAUUCAUCAACAAGCCUUUCAUUACAGAGUUGGAUAGAGGGCUCACACAGAAGUGUGUUUUAACAUGGGCAUAGAGGCGACAAUAGCAAAGAUAGUGGUGGGCCCUCUUUUUAACUCUAUGCCUUACUGACAGUACAAUCAACACCCAACUCUAUGCAGUACCGUGGUUGCAAAGCAUCACCACAACAGUCUUCCGUGAAUACCUCAACCAAAAAACAGCCAACCCUUCCAAGCUGCGUAACUAGCAGCCAACCUAGAAAACAGCUAGCAUGAAGCCAAGCAUACAUACUAAGUGCGAUUGUGAUAAGUAAAACAGGGUUAAACCUAGUGGAAGGUUCAUAGCACAUAGCUUGGGGUGUCUUAUAAGAGAACCACCAAAUUUAGCACUGUGAAAGACGAUUGCAGCUUUUUUUAUGAACCGAUAUUUAUGAAGAUUUUUCAUUGAAUGUUACUUUGUGCAAAGAAAGCAGGCACAGCUUAAAGAACCCAUGAAGUUUGACUGAAAAUAGAUUGAAGAACCAGUGAUAAAGCCAAGAUAGGUCAACAUUCCAACAUGUCAUACUAACGUUACAUUUCUAUACGUAUUUCAACACUCAAAACACUUCUCUGAAAAACACUAUUUUAAGCCCCAAUGUUUACCUUUUUUUGUGACAGUUUUUGUACUCUGGUGUUAUCAUGCCAAUGUGUUUUAUCUGAACAGAUUAGAUGUGAUGAUUAUAUUUAUGCUGACAUUCUGUGAAAGAUGUGCUGCCGUUUUAACUUCAUGUAGCCCAUGCAUUAACAAUAUAUUAUUAUUAUUUUCAACAGACUUGACAAGUCACAAGGAGUUUGUUUUUAUAUUGGACUGUUUUUACCACUACCGUCAUUUUUUAUUUAAAAGAUGUACUUUUAUGCAUUUGUGGAAAUACGUUUUUAUUUGUAAAGAAGAAGAAAAAUGCCAAUAAGCACAAUAUAUGUAUAUUUUUAUGAAAUGUAGAAAAGAAUAUAUGCAAUAAACAAAUCUCCACAGAUCUGUAAGGAUCAUU